AGAUAAUGAAAAUUCACUUCAAAAAGCUAAACAGCAGUAUCCGCUUCAUCACUUUCUUUGUGAAUUUUGUAAUAUAAAAGGUGUUCAGCGCUACUUGUGGUGUUAUAACACAUCUGUAAUAGCAGAGAACUAUACUGCAUAGUAGUUUCCUAAACUAUCACUAACAAAAAAAAUAUAACCUGCAGUCUGCACCCACAUGUCCGGAUUUAUUUAAAUAUCGGUAAAGAAUGGCUGAGAAAAUAAGAAUUGGAUCCAAGUAUGACAUGAGGGGCAACUAUGAGCCAUCCGAUUCGGAAGAUGAAUAUUCAGCAAGAGAGAAAAAGUUGCUCGAGAAGGUAAAAAAAAGAAAAAAUCAUGGUUCUGACAGUGAGGAAGAAGAAAUGUAUGCAUUUUCAGAAUCUGAUGAUGAAGCAGAUAACAAGGACUUGGAAAUCGCUGAUAGCGAUGUAGAGGGUCAAGAGAAGUCAGAUGAUGACUUGCCUGAUACAAAAGCAUGGGGCAAGAAGAAGAGGUCUUAUUAUGCCACAGACUAUGUAGAUGAAGAUUAUGGAGGGUUUGGAAAUGAUGAGGAAGCAGCUCUGAUGGAAGAAGAGGAAGCUAAAAAUAUUCAGAAACGUCUCCUGGAACAACUAAGUGAAGAAGAUUUUUCCAUUGACUUCUUUAAAAAAGCAGAAAAGAGUGAAACAGAAACAGCUGUAAUUAAGAGUGAUCUGAGCCAGCUUUCCAAACGACAGAAACUGCAACUUCUUGAAAUAGAAAGCCCAGAAUUUGCCGGACUUAUUGAUGAUUUUAAAACAAAGCUAACUGUUGCCAAAGAUGACCUUCAACCUGUAAUAGAACUCAUCAAGGAUGGUAAGCUACCCAAGUGCCCAGCAUCAAAAUUUGUCAAAACUAAUUACAAUCUUAUACUGAACUAUUGCACAAAUAUAAGUUUCUACCUGUUACUCAAAAGCCAAAAAAUCAACAUUCAAAAUCAUCCUGUGAUAAAGAGAUUGUAUCAAUACAGACAGAUGCUAAACAAAAUGGAACCAAUUUAUGUUGAUGUUAUAAAGCCUCAAAUUGAUAAGAUUUUGAAUGCUGUGAGUAAUAAAUUAGAAAUUGAGUUAACACAGGUCUCUCAAGACAAGAAAACUAGUAAACGUAAAUCAGAUAAAAGUUCUACUGAGUCUGCAUCAAAGAAACUGAAACUUAUUAAUUCAAUUGAAAAAGAUGAAGGUGAGGACACUGGAGUAUCUGACAAUGAAGAAGAGUAUGAGGGAACAGACUACUUCAGAAGCAAUGACGAUGCUGGCUCAUCUAAACUCAAUGAGGAAUCAGAAGAGAGUGGAUUCUCAGACAAUGAUGAAGCUGCUAAGGAGCAGGAACACGAUGAUAAUAAACCAUCAUCAUCAUCAGUUGAUGUUGCCGAGGAAGUGGCUGAUAAAAGGCACAUUACAUACCAAAUGGCUAAGAACAAAGGCUUGACACCACAUAGGAAGAAGGAGCAGAGGAACCCUCGAGUCAAGCACAAGCUCAAGUACAGGAAGGCAAAGAUCAGGAGGAAGGGAGCGGUCCGUGAAGCCAGGACCGAGGUCACUCGCUACGGAGGAGAAGCCUCCGGUAUCAAGGCUAAUGUCAAGAAGAGUAUCAAAAUUAAAUAACAUAAUUGAUGGCUUUUAAGUUAUGUAAUGGAUAAUAAUUUUACUUUGUAUAAAUAAUAACAGCUCAUGUCACUGAAUAAACCAGUUUAUUUUUUAAUAGCUUU